AUGUGUUUCAAUGACACCAACGUAAAUAGUGUGAACAAUGGAGAGUAUGGAGUGGGUGGUGUCUAUGCCGUGCCAUUGGAUAACGCUGUUGACUACCAAGGAAAUAGAUUACAAAGUAUGUACACUCAAUCAAAUGGUGCUUUCUUCUGGGAUGGUUUAAUGGAGAGAACUCUCUAUCGAUUCAAUCUCACCAAUCCUGCCGACUAUCUCUUUGGAUCUUAUGAUAUCUCAUUGACUUGUCCACAAGGAAAGGUGUGCGUCAGAGACUCCAAUCCCAACGAAGGAUACAGAGGAACAACUGUCAUUGAGAAUCUCACUGCUUUUCAAGUUCCUAUGUUGUACCGAAAAGGAGUGGCAGCCGCUGUGAGUACACUUUGUUUGAAGAUCAAUGUUGAUCUCGGUCCAAUUUCAACCCCGCCACCUGCACACAAAGGAACCGCUGUUGUUGGAAACAUGUUUGUCGAUUACUCUGGUAGUGGACUGAAAGAGGCCAAUGAAAACUGGUAUGUAGGUCUUACCCUUGCACUUUUAGAUCGAAAUGGUAAUCCUGUGACCGAUGCCAACGGAAAUCCAGUACCCUACUCCACAACUGAUGCAAAUGGUCGUUUUGUUUUUGAAAACAUUCGUGAAGGAUUCUAUACACUUAAGAUCAUCAGUGGAAUCAACGGAGUCUAUAAUCCAGGUACCAUCGGUCCUUUCGUUGUUUCCGCUUCUACUUUUUCUACUGCCAAUGAUCAUGUCAAUUCACCGACAAUCAGCAAUCUUGGAAACUAUGGAUUGACGCCAAUCGGUACUUCCACUUGCUCUGGAAUGAUAUAUAUCGAUCUCGAUUUCGAUGGUUAUUUCGAUGCCACUGAUAAGCCAGCUGUUGGAAUCAAAGUCAAUAUUUAUUCACCAAUCUAUGGAUAUCUUGUAUGGAAUACCACAACUGGAUCCGAUGGAAGAUGGAGUUGUUCAGGAUUGGUAUCUAAAAUUAAGUAUCGUAUUGAAUUCGUUGGUCAGAAUAUUAUCUCAACAGGACCAGAUCCUUUUAACUUUAUUAAUGGAAGUGAUAAUAUUCAAGUCGGUGUUUCUCAACAAAUCUUAAAUCAAGGUAAUCAAAAUUCCAAUAAUCCAUCUGCUUUUGCCACAACAUGUUUCGUCAAAGGAAGUAGAGCUGGCGCCUAUAAGAAUGAUCCAGCAGUUGUCAGAUUCUCAGCCAAUGCAACUGGAUUCGCCUUCAAAGGAGACGGAAUGAAAUAUGCACAGAAGAUGGCAUACCACAAUCAAGUUGGUUCAUGUUUUGGAAUUACCUAUCGACCUGAAACCGAAGAUACUUAUGUAUCUGCUUUCUACAAAGGAAGUAGUGAUUUUGGACCAUCUGGAAUGGCUGCCAUCUACAAGAUUACCAAAGGAUUCCAAGUUUCAACUUUUAUUGACCUCACCAAGUUUGGAAUUAACCCAGGAACCACAACACACUAUUUCAGCGAUGAGCUGAAAGAAGGACAAGAAGCAGGACGUUCCACUUGUAAAGUAUCACUCGGUGAUCUUAAGAGUACCAAUAGAUAUCUUUAUGUUACCAACUUGUAUUCAAACGAAGUUGUUCAAAUUCCAAUCACUGAAACGCCUACCACCUCGAAUGUUCUAAAGAAAAGCGUUCCAAAUCCUGGAUGUACUUAUGCAUCCGACUGGAGAGCAUUCGCAUUGGAAAUUUACCAAGGUCAACUCUAUGUUGCCGGUGUUUGCACUGGUGAAGCUGGUUCAUCAUUGACUGGAUAUGUUGUGAGAUUCAAUGAGCAAACUCAUGGGCAACAGUAUUGGAAUUCCCAUUGA